GACUCGAAUUACAAUCCCUUUCUCUGAUCAUCUCUUUCUCUCCUUCGCUUCAUCUACUUAUCUGGCACUCCUUUUAGGCAUGGCUGAAGCUCAACAAAUACAGGUCCCCGUCAAGGAAGCUAAAGGGGAAAAUUCAAGUACUGGACCUGUCAGCCAAAGAACAAUGUCUGGACCAGCUCAGAACUACAUGAUCAGGAUGCUACGGAUAGCCCUCUACACAAUCUUUGUCCUCUGCGGCCAAACAUCAGCUUCACUGCUUACAAGACUUUACUAUGAGAAAGGUGGAACUAGCACAUGGGUGGAAACAAUUGUUCAAGUUGUAGGUUUCCCUAUUCUCCUUCCUUACUACUUCAUUUCACAACCCAAAGUUAUGUGCUCGUCCAACGAUACUACUACUGCUGUCGGAACAAAGCCAUCAUCACUCCUAUUGCUCGUUUGCGUCUAUGUAUACCUUGGGCUACUUUCGGCAGGAAAUUCGUAUCUGUAUUCAGUUGGCUUUCAGUACCUCCCUGUAUCUAUGGUGGUCCUAAUCUCAGCAACCCAGUUGGCCUUUAACGCUUUCUUCUCUUAUUUCCUCAAUUCACAGAAGUUCACUCCUUUCAUCAUCAAUUCUCUAUUUCUUCUCACCAUUUCCUCCGUUCUCCUGGUAGCAAAUAAUAGCUCUGAAAGGCCUCCUGGAGUCUCUAUUAGAAACUAUGUACUUGGGUUCAUAUGCACCAUUUUUGCAACUGCAACGAGUGGCUUGUCGCUUGCUUCCCAACAGCUGGUCUUUCGGAAGGUUCUAAAGAGGCAGUCAUUUAAAGUUGUCAUGGAUCUUAUAAUCUUCCAAUCACUUGUUGCAUCCAUUGCUACAUCGAUAGGAUUCUUCGCAUCCGGAGAUUGGAAACUUUUAAAGACAGAAAUGGAUGGAUAUGCACUGGGGAAGGUUUCCUAUGUCAUGACUCUGGUUUGGACCGCUGUUGCUUGGCAGGUUUUCAUUUUUGGUGGUGUAGCAUUGGUCUUCGAGUUGUCUGCUCUUUUUUCCAAUGUCAUCGCUGCACUGGGAUUGCCAAUUACUCCAAUAGCAGCCAUUUUCAUUUUCCAUGACAAAAUGAGCGCUCCGAAGGGAAUAUCUAUGGUGUUGGCUAUUUGGGGCGUCAUUUCUUAUGCCUAUCAGCAGUACCUUGACGAUCGCCAGUUGAAUACUGAAACUAAAAGGGUCAGUGAAGUUUCUGAAGUUUGACUUUCAUUCAGGUUAGCUUUGCAUCAAGGAAAUUAAUUAAGGUCAGUGUCCAUCUUAAUCUCUAUAAUCUUGUUUUUGCUUUGUGAAAUGGUUUGAAGCUAAUUUGUAUAGGCAUAUUAUGUUAUCAUAUUUUGUUUGCUAUGGUGAAUUCGUGUUUGAGAAGCCUUUCAUGGCUUCCCAAUUGUAAUAAUGGAAGCUAUCAUUAUUAUUAAAUGUAAUAGUAAUGUAAUUAUGUAAU